UUUUGGCGCUUGGUGACAACAGUUUAGCCAUUUUGUGGUGCCUUCAUGGCACCUUGUUGGCUAAAGGUCAAGUAAUUACGGAGUUAAUAGGAUUGACUGGCACCCUCCGCCUGCUCAGUGAGAAGCUGCACACUCGUUCCCAGCUCUUCAGUUUGAGUCCAUGCCUAGGCGCCCUGCAGACCGUUGGAUCCACACUGUUUUUUGCGUUUUUCCUCAAAGGAAUCAAAGGCACAAUGGGACAGGAAGAGAGCCACGGUGAGCAGGUGGAUUUGGCACAAAUUCAGGAAUUGUGCUUAACUUUCAUGAAGGAGUGUCCGAGCGGUGCGUUGCAUUUACACGAGUUCAAGAGGAUCUUCGGGGUCCCGAACAGGUCUGCAGAGGAGUCCCUCUACAUUGAGACAAUAUUCAACUCCUUCGACACAAAUAAGGAUAACACACUUGAUUUCAUCGAGUACGUGGCAGCACUUCACCUGAUCUUACGGGGGAAUCUGGAAGACAGGCUCAAGUGGUCCUUCAAGAUGUACGACAAGGACGGGAACGGCAAGCUGGACCGGCAGGAGGUGAAACGGCUCAUCACGAUCCUUUACAAAAUCAAGCUCCAGAAGACGGACAUCAGCAUGACGCCGGCUGAAAUCUGUGACAGGAUCUUUGAGCUGGUCGACCAGAAUAAUGACGGUCGGAUCACGUUGUCUGAGUUCAUGGAGGGAGCUCAGAAGGACGAAUGGGUCAUGAGCUUGUUGAAGUUGGACGUCAACGCCAGCAGCUGGGUCAUCCAGAACUGUGUCAAGAUGCCCUGAUCUCUCACCCAGUGGGGUCAUCGGGUUCAUUUUAUUUUAGGCUGACAGAGAGGUGCCGUCUUCGGUUUCCAUUUUGAGGUUCCUGUGUCUCGGAGCUGGAGCUCGGCGCGGGUCUUCAUGGCUGCAGGCCCCGAAGGCCGAGGGUUCGCUGUGUGGUUGUGGUCUGGCCCUGAGCCGAGGUCUCUGUCUGGGGAGACGAUGCUGAGAGAAAGUCUGCUGUUAAAUGCAGUACAUGCAAUUACUGUGUAUUUAUAUUCAUCAUUAUCGGAUGUGUUCACAUUGUAUGUUAAUAGAGUUAUGAAUAUAUAAAUAUAAUAUGUAUGUAUAUAUAUGUAUAAAAUAACAUUAUAUUGCACUAGGAAACAGAAUUUCCAUACCUAAAACAGUAAUAAUGGAACAGGGUUCAUGCUCUGACUUUUGCUAACGUUCUUUCAAACAUAUCUGUUUUAUUUAAUUUAAUUUUACUUUAUUGUAUCAUUUACUAGUCCUUAAUAAGGGGAAAUUACAGUUUACACUGUGUUGUUAUUACACACAGUACACACGGGCCUGAAUUACACACACAUGCUCAGGUCCCAUACAUGCACUAAUGGAAAGAUGUGGGGGGGAAUCCAAAACACUUUAUUAACCCCGAAAGGGAAAGUCUGUGUUACAGUUGCACGAAGUCUAUAAAUAUCACUGGUCGCGGUCUUGGUCUGGACCAGCUCCUUUGUCUUAGAGGUGUUCAGCUGCAGGGAGUUUGACCCCAGAGAGCAAAGUCCCCCCACUAGACUCCGAUACUCCUCCUCCCUGUCACCCCUGAAACACCCAACCAUGGCUGUGUCAUCUGCGUACUUCUGUACAUGACACAGCUCCGAGUUGUAACAGAAGUCUGAGGAGGGAAGAGGGUGAAGAGAAGAGGGCUCAGCACUGUGCCCUGGGGGACUCCAGUGCUGCUGACCACAGCGUCAGACAUGAUGUCCUUCAGCCUGACGCACUGUGGCCUGUUAGGGAGGUAGUCUCUGAUCCAGUUUACCAGACAGGGGUCCACUCCCAUCCUGUUCAGCUGGUCCUGAAGUGUAGGUAGUAUAUAUACUAAGUGUCUGUGUGUCAGACACUCAGAAGGAUGAGUUAUAAAGGUUGAUGGCCACAGGCAGGAAUGACUUCCUGUGGCGCUCUGUGGUGCAUUGGGGGGGAAUAAGCCAUGUCCUACCCUUUGCCAUACUCAACCACAUCUAUCUCCUAGCUGUGAAAAGUCACUGGGCGCUGGUAGUUCUUCGAGGGUAAUACCUGUACCUGAUUUUUAAUGAA